AUGGGCAUCAAGGAGCGCUUCGGCGUCAAGGCGCGCGAGACGCCCGCCGACAGCGCCGACUCGACGGGCGCCGAGAUUCUCCCCGUCAUGUCGGCUGACCACAACCCGGACCGCGAGCUGCGCCGCUUCAGGAAGCAGCACAAGUGGGAUCCCUUUCUCGACAACGACAAGCUCGACAACAUCGACGAUGCCCUCGCCUCGGGCAACGCCGAAAAGGAGGCCGCCAUUGACGAGUCGCUCAUCCAGGAGGACUCGCCCUACCCCGAAGUCCGCUCCUCGGUCCCGCCUCACGACCUCGACCUCCCCGUCAACACCAUCCGCGCCUGGACCAUUGGCGUCAUUCUCUGCACCAUCAUCGCCGCCUGCAACGUCCUUCUCAAUCUCCGACGCACCCCCAUCUCCAUCACCUCGACCGUCGUCCAGCUCAUUGCUUACCCAUUGGGUGUCGGUUGGGCCAAGGCCAUGCCGCACAAGACCUUCACCCUCUUCGGCCACACCCUAGAGCUGAACCCCGGCCCCUUCAACGUCAAGGAGCACACCAUCAUCACCAUGAUGACGGCCGCCGGCUCCACCAUCAGCUACUCCAUCGACAUUCUGCUCGCCCAGGAAAUCUUCUACCAGCAGCACUUCAAAUGGGGAUUCCAAAUCCUCCUCAUGCUGUCCACCCAGGCCAUGGGCUUCGGUGUCGCUGGCGUCGCCCGCCGCUUCCUCGUCUGGCCCUCGUCCAUGGUCUGGCCCGCCACCCUCAUCACCUGCUCCGUCAUGUAUUCGCUGCACGACCACCGGCCCUCGGAUCCCUCUCAGACCAAUGGCUGGCGCAUUGGCCGCUACAAGUUCUUCCUCCUCGUCGCCCUCUGCACCUUUGGCUGGGAGUGGUUCCCCCUCGUCAUCGCCCCCUUCUUGUCCCUCUUCAUGUUCGCCACCUGGAUCGCCCCCACAAACGUCGUCGUCAACCAGCUCUUUGGCGGCCAGACCGGCCUCGGCCUCUUGCCCAUCUCGUUUGACUGGGCCGUCGUCACCGCAUUUUUGCUCUCACCUCUCCAGACGCCCGCCUUUGCCAUCUUCAACGUCCUCGCCGGCAUGAUCCUGACGACAGUUGGUGCCAUUGGCCUUGCUUGGGCCGGCCCCGAGUACUACCGCUACCUCCCCCUCAGCGCCAACCAGAACUUUGACCGCUUCGCUGAGCCCUACAACACCAGCCGUAUCCUCACCCCCGACUUCACUGUCAACGAGACGGCCUACCGGGCCUAUUCGCCCAUCCUGCUCGGUCCCACCUUUUCCCUCUCGUACGGCCUGUCCUUUGCCACGCUCAUCUCCACAAUCACCCACGUCUUCCUCUUCUACGGCUCCGACGUCUGGAACCGCGCCCGGGACGCCAAGUACGAGGAGCCCGAUGUCCACCUCAAGCUCAUGCGCAAGUACAAGGAGGCACCCGAGUGGUGGUUUCUGGCCAUCUUCGCCGUCAGCUUUGCCUUUGGCAUGAUUGCCAGCCAGCUCUGGAAGACGCACCUGCCGUGGUGGGCUUACAUCAUUUGCAUCCUCAUUGGCGUCGUCCUCUUCAUCCCCAUCGGCAUGGUCCAGGCCAUCACCAACCAGCAGACGGGCCUUAACGUCAUCACCGAGAUGAUUGUCGGCUACAUGAUGCCCGGCCGCCCCGUCGCCAUGAUGCUCUUCAAGUCCUGGGGCUACAUGCUGUCGUACAACGGCCUGACAUACAUCUCCGACAUGAAGGUGGGCCACUACAUGAAGAUCCCCCCCCGCAGCAUGUUCGCCGCCCAGGCCUUCGCCGUCAUCUGGCUCUCCUUUGUCCAGAUCUCCACCUACAACUUCCUCCGCGGCAACAUUGAGGGCAUCUGCACCAAGGAUCAGGCCCAGGGCUUGACGUGCCCCAACGCCAAGACGUUUUACAACGCCAGCGUCAUCUGGGGCGUCAUCGGCCCCGCAAAGGUCUUUGGCGUAGGAGGCCUCUACUCUUGGAUCAACUGGUUCUGGCUCAUUGGCUUUGGCUGCCCCGUCAUCCAGUACUUUGCCGCUCGGCGCUGGCCCCGGUCGUGGGUUCGGUACAUUGUCACGCCGGCCCUGUUUGGCGCCGCCAGCAUGAUGCCUCCAGCCACGCUCUUCUACCUGUUCCAGUGGGUCAUUGUCGGACUCAUCUUCAACUACUUUAUCCGCAGGCGCUUCUUGGGCUGGUGGUCUCGCUACAAUUACCCCCUCUCGGGAGCCCUCGACAUCGGGACGGCUCUGUGCACCGUCUUGUCUGGGCUCGGACUCGGUCUCAGCGAGACCAAGUUCCCAGCGUGGUGGGGCGUGUCGGUGGUGACCAACACGUUGGAUGCCAACGCCACGGCCGUCACCAAGACGUUUAUCAAGGGCCAGGCGCCCAUUGGGCCUGCAAGCUGGUAG